UUGCAUAAUAAACAACGGUAGUUCCGCGGUUAUAUUUGCAUAAAAAUCUACACAUAAUUAAUGUUAUUUUUGUAUGUAACCCUAUGUAGAGGUAUACGUGUACAUAGUUCUACUUUGUCAAGUCCACCCCAUUACGCUCGCGCCAUAACGUUGCAAAUACCCCCUGGCUGGACGUCAGCUGUUUUAUGGGUUGAGAUAAUUUUAUCCCUUUGUUUUUAGCAAAAGCUUAACUGAGACAGUGGUGGUAAACCUUUAAAAAUGUGCUGUUUUUAAGCGAACGAAUACUUGUCACUUUGCAAUAAAAGUCGCCAAAUUGAUUUUAGCUUUCAAUAUUUUUUGGUCGAGCUCGAGCGUUAGCGAAGAUCUCCAUUUCAGCUUGAACUAAAAUGCUUUCGUAUAUUCGGAAGAUCUCCUACAACUUCUUAACGAUUCUCGUGAAAUUUUGUCAGCAGGUUCAAGAAUUAAAUCAUUUUUAUUGUUGAUUUUUAAGUUUUCGGAUUUUUCCAAAAUGAUGGAGCCAAAGGGGUUCGAAGGUCUACAGCUCACAGAGCCACUAAUAUUAAAUUGUACAUAUGUAUGUUAGUUUGCAAGGUAUUAUAUGUAUCUAUGGGUCUUAAUAGUUGCCUGAAAAUAAAUGUAUUCUCUGAUUUUAAGACAAACCGUUCGUUAACUUUAAUUUUUUUUUUAAGAAUUGUUGACGAUCCCUGCAUAGUCGCCACCAAUGCUAGUAUAAGAGAGGAGUAUUUCAAAACACCUCCAUUGGUUUCUGAGCAUCACCCUCAUCUCCUUCACCAUGCUUCUGAGGAGUAUAAUUCUGUUGAUAACGUUCUCGCAGAUCUUCGCCGGGGAAGGCUGGAGAAAGCCUGGCUGCCAUAAAACAGGCCACACUCGGGAGAUCAACAUACCCGACUGCGUCGGCUUCAAGAUCACGACCAACGCCUGCCGCGGCUACUGCGAGUCCUGGUCGCUGCCCAGCAUCAUGCUCGGCUUUAAGCGGCACCCGGUCACUUCGCUGGGGCAGUGCUGCAACAUAAUGGAGUCUGAAGACACGCAUGUCAAGGUGCAAUGUAUAGACGGAGAACGGAAUUUGACAUUCAAGUCGGCAGUUUCCUGCGCGUGCUACCACUGUCAGAAGGAAUAGAACUUCUGUGACAUCCCACCCACAGACAUACCUACAUCUAAAUAGACUCGUGCACCAUGCACUGCACUAUGCACCGCAGGAUUUUGUAUCGGCAAGCGCGAGGUGUAUUUAGAUUUGAAUAAAUUAUGGUAUUAAUUUGAUAGUUGCUGGGACAGUCAAAUUAAUAUCGAUAGAUUUUAUUUCGAUUAAUGUCAAUUAAAAUUCUUAUGUAUAGAUGGUCAAGCAAAUCUUGUCAAUAGAAAAAGGCGCGAAAUUCAAAUUUUCUAUGAGACGAUAUCCCUUCGCGUCUACAUUUUUCAAAUUUGCCGCCUUUUUCUACUGACAAGAUCUGCUUGACCAACUAUAGUUACGCUUUCCGAAGUAGUUAGGUACAUUUCGUUAGUGCAAAGUGCAUAUAUCUUAAAAAAUUGUUUUAAAUCUAUCCGAAACUUGAUACAACUCAAUCUUAAUCAUUUUAUUCAUGUUCGAAAAUAAAACAGAAUUGGAAUCGAAUUUUGUCGUUGCUUUUUAAAGUUGGAUUAACAAUAUAUAUACUUACCUACUUACUUAUACUUAUGAAGUAGGUGCAUUUGAGUGGUCUCCUUAGAUGUAUGUCUGUGAUUGUACUACAAUAAGUAAUCAAUUUCCAAUCUAUUAUUGUUUAAGGGGAAAUAGAAUAUCUUAGUGAAAUUAAACAAUGAAUUGUGUGUCUUAAGUAAAAUUUAUUACGUAACUUAUUAUAACUUGCGAUGUAGAAAUUAAGACAAAAUUAGUAGGUAUAUAAUGUAAGGAGCAGUGGCGGAUUUCCCAUAAGGCACAGUAGGCCCGGGCCUAGGGCGGCGAAAUAUUAGGGGCGGCAAAUUGUGACAAAAAAUUCGCUGAUGAAUAGAUUAUAACAAAAAAUAACUCAAAAUUAGGCCAGGCAACGAAUUCUCAAAAAAGGUACCUAUAGAGGGAAAUGCUUGAAACACAAUUUUUGACUUUGUACCUAACUUUAUUUGGACUAUCUAGGAGGUAAACAUAUCAAAAGUCCCCGGCCGUAGCCCUUGAGGCGGGGGAAGAGAGAGGUUUGAAGGUCACAUUUUUCAGUUUUUCGCUUACUUAUAUCUCGGAAACUAUGCGUUCUAACGACAUGAUCAUUAUACAAGAUGAAAGUUGGUUAAAUUUGCUACAAGCUACAAUUUUUACGAUAUCUGGAAGGCCCUUCACACUUGUGCGCAAAUUGCGGCGCGGGGCCGCGUACGCGAGUGUAGCGUCGAUUUCGCAUAUUGUUGACGCCUUCGCGCCUUGUUCCCCGUUUAUAGGGUUCUGUACCUCAAAAGGAAAAAACGGAACCCUUAUACUCGUGCGUCUGGCUGUCCGUCUGUCACAGCCUAUUUUCUCCGAAACUGCUGGACCAAUUAGGUUGAAAUUUGGCACACAUAUGUAAGUUUGUGACCCAAAGAUGGACGUGUAACGUAAAUAAAUGAAUUUUAAAUAUGGAGGCCAUUUUUGGGGGGUAAAUGAGAAAAUUUUAAUAUAAAGGGUCUAGCCGUGUUUGUAUGGGGCAUCGGCCCCAAAAGCCAAAUUGAUUGCCGUUUUGCCAAUUUAUUAGGCCAGAUGUAAGAUGCUAUUUCAUCAAAAAAAUUACCCUAAAAUGCUGCAGGUUUUUGAGAAAAUAAAAAAAAAGAAAAUUGGUUUUCAUUUUUUUUUAUCUAAACUACCGAACCGAUUUUUUUGUAACUUAUACACAUUAUGUAAGUAAACUAGAUGAAUUAUUAAAAAAAAAAUGGAGUUCCAAACAUCCUUAUAAUUAGUAAUAUUUUCACUUUUAAUUUUUCAAUUUUUUUUUUUUUAUAUUUCCGAAAUAGGGACACCCACCAAUUUUGGGUAUUUUAUGUAUAAAUUAAUGUUCUAUAACAUAUAUUUUUUUCAAAAAUAUUCAUUUGGCUCAACAGGGUAAAAAUACCGUAUGUAUGUAUGUAAUGUAUGAACAGACACAACCGGGAGAACUCCCGGUCCCAUAUCGACCACCGCGCCGCUCUGUACGAAUUUGAAUUUCGAACGUAACAAAUUGCUAAAAUGGACUAUAAUAUUAUUAUUGGCUGUAUGCGGCUUGGUUGUCGUCGCGUCACGAAAUUAAAAAAUAAAAGGGGGGAAACGCGGCUCAUUAAAAAGUUCCGUUUUAAUAUGAGCUGCGUUGAUAUUGAUCUUGCAAUGGAAAAAAAGGAGAUUAUACACAAAAUAUUUUCAAAAUCUCCAAGAUCGUUACAUUACUAAAGUCGCACCAAACAAAGUCUGCAGCGGAUUUGAUAGCCCACGCAGUGUAAGUGUUAAGUAUACGUCAUAAUUUCAUAGAAGUUUGACGUUUAAAAUGACACUUGCACUGCGUGGGCUAUCAACAUCGCUGCAGACUUUUUACGGUCUAACUAUACGUUCUUAGCAAUAUCUGCAAACGGCUUCGAGAAUAUGCGAUUGAUUAUAUAGAAAAAAGC